CUCUUGUAUUCUGUUAUGUGAUCUAUGUAUGAACUGAUUUGAAGAGGAGUUACAACGCUUCUAAAACGUUCUUGAUACUUGAUACGUAGUUCUAAUUACUUCGAGAAACAUGUUUCGAUCAUUAGUAUUAAUCGUGGCACUCAUCGAAUUGAUCAAUUCGGCAUUGUUAAGAAUUCCAUUAUAUAGGACAAGCUAUAUUCGAAAAUGGAUUUCCAUUGAAGGUCGACGAUAUAAUUUGACUGAUUUACCAAAGGCACGACUGUUUUAUUUAUAUGAUAAACAAUACUAUGGCAUUAUCUCAGUUGGAACCCCACCGCAAAUAUUUAACAUUCAUUUCGACACUGGUUCCUCUAAUUUUUUUUUACCAUCCAUCAACUGUUACACUGAUAAUAUUCAAUGCUCAUCAGUUAGAAGAUAUAAUAACAGUGAAUCCUACACAUACAUGGAAAUUGGUAAUUAUGUCAAAUUUCGUUACGCGGUUGGUGGGCUAACUGGAUAUUUAUCUAGUGAUGUAGUGAAUAUUGCUGGCGUUAAUGUUCAAAAUCAAAUAUUCACACAAGCGAUAACACGGGAUCUGACUUUUGCCUAUCUGUCAUACGAUGGAAUCUUAGGAAUGGGUUACCCAGAGAUAUCUACAAAAGGAGUGCCUCCUGUUUUCACCACCAUGAUUGAACAAGGCCUAGUGUCGGCACCUGUUUUUAGUUUUUAUCUGAAUCGAAAUUAUUAUUACGGUAGUGAACUGAUAUUGGGUGGUAUCGAUCCUCUUUAUUCUAACACCGAGUUCACUUAUGUUAAUGUAUCUCACAAAGGAUACUGGCAAUUUCCCAUAGAUAAGAUAAAAAUGAGACAUAUGGUUUUCUGUGACGAUGGCUGUGAAGCUAUCGCUCACACUGGCUUUUCGGGGCUAUCUGGACCAGCAUCAGAAAUCGAAUUUAUUAACAACGAAGUUGAUACAUUAAGACGAGUUGGAAUUUCUCAUGGAGAUACACUUGUGGACUGCCAUGAGAUUUCUAAAUUGCCCAAUGUUACUUUCUUUUUGAAUAAUAAACCAUUCGUACUCACUGCAAAAGAUUACAUCAAUACGAGAACGCUCUAUAUGAACAAGUACAACCGUACGUUAUGUACAAGCUAUUUCGUAAAUUCCAAGGAUUAUUUUAGUUUAAAUGAUAUUUGGAUUUUGGGUAUUCCAUUUUUUAAUCGGUUUUAUACUGUGUUCGACAUGGGGAACAACCGAGUGGGAUUUGCGCAUGCAAAAUAAGUAUUGUUUUCUCAAGAGAUUAUUUUAAAUGCUAGAAGAUUAUAAGAAAUAAUGAGCGAAUUAUUUUGUCUUGCGAAGUCUUUUUUUAAAUUUUUUUUUGGCUCUUAAUUCUUAUAUUUAUG